GUUACGCCUUCCCUUGUCCCAUUUAUUCCCAUUAUUACCUUUUCCUCCCUCCCGACUGGCCCGGCUCGGCCCUGUAGCCAGCCUCAAACUCGCCAGUCACCUUGACCUUUCUGUAUAUUUCACUUUAAUUAAGGCGUGCAAUGUCUGCGUCGUCGCCACCGCUUGUUGUCAAUGUUAUGAACGGACGCCCGCAUUCUCAAAACUCUUCUUCUUCUUCGACGACGACGACAUCGACGUAUGCUGGUGGAGCGCGGACGCCGAGCUCGAAUGAUGGGGUGGGACAGGUUGAGCAAAAUGGUACUGCUACGACUGCGACUUCUGCCUCUGUCCAACAAAACGCUCCGCCUGGGCAAGAUGGGGGAUACGCUGUUGCAGGUCCUUCGUCUGCGCCUGUAAAUGGCUUUACAAGUAACGUAUACGCACCUUCACACAACGAGCAGAUUAUCGACCACUUGUACAAUGCUGGCUUUCAAAUGGGAGAAUACGCUGAUACUCUCCUGCAUGCACAUGGCCAUAGAUACCAGCUGCAUGCGAUUAUUCUCUCGCGGUCGCCGUACCUUGCCCACUUGAUUUCGGCAAAUCCCAAAUCUGCGGGUAUGCAUAGCAUUUACGUGCCGUUGGAAAGCUUUCCAGAGAUUACCGACCAGGGCUUUGCAGUAGCCUUAGGCUAUCUUUACUCGUCUGUAUCGCUGAACAACUUAACGACGGCGAAUGCACGAGCUGUCUUGUCGGCGGGAUGCCUGCUCGGUGGGAUGGAUGAACUCUGCAAUUACGCUUAUCAGGCGUGCCGCAACUCUAUUUCAGUUGAAAAUAUCAACGAAUGGAUUGAAUUCGUGGACAACCUAUCAACGAGUGACGGUACUGCUACCCCUUCGGAAGCGCAGCAGCAACGCCCAUCCAUUCUGGGCCCUUACGCACUUCAGUUGCGGUCCGAUGUGUUCAACUUCUUGGUUGUCACGCUGACGAGCAUCUUGGACGUCCAUUCUCCGUCGGGAAGUGGGCGCAACACCUUACUGGGAAUUUUUGCUCGUCUUGGGUUUGAUCUGUUCAAGAGUGCGAUCGAGUCUCCGAUGUUCCAAAUAGGGACUGACCAGGAACGAUUCCGAUUCGCAAAGAAUGCGAUUGAGCUGAGAAAGCGGACACGCGGCGCGGGUGUGGACGAGGCGGUCGUGCUUGCGUUUGGGGGAGGGCAUUCUGGGAGUGCGGUGCACGUGACGCGCAAGACGAAGAAGCGGGCUCUGUACAAAGUUGGCUGAUGACUGGAUGUACGUACUGCACAUAUGAAUUUCUUCCGAAUACAUGAGUGGGAAACGC